AUGGCACGCGCGGCGCGGCGCACCAGGCCUGCUCGCACUCAGGCUGAAUCUGACAUAGAAGAAGAACCGGAAACCCAGCCCAGCCAGGACGAACGACAGCCCUCAGCAAAGGGCAAGAAUGCACGACGCGGUGGUGGGCGUCCCAACGCGUCGCGAAUGCAGGUAGACGGGGAGGAUGAACCCAAGACUGAGGCUGCAAAAGAUGAGGAUGAGGACGAUGAUGAUGAUGAAAAUGAUAGAAUCGACGUCGCAAAUUUCUACAAUCAGCCCCUGACUAAGGAGGACCUUCCCAGACUGAAAGGUUUAGCAGGCGACUGGGGAACCAUGCACGAUAACAUUGCCAACAGAACUGGGUUUAUAGCCGAGCUUGCUGCGUCCAUCGCUGACCUCGAUGUUUUCUCCAGGGAAGAUUCGGAGAAGGGUGUCGAGGCCCUGGAAAUGAUCAUGAGGGAUAUUGUGGAUGUAGGCGCAGAAAUGAAAGCCAACGAGCAAGUCCUCGACAGCAUAUACCAAGACUUGGCCCGUGGAGAAGUCAUUAACGAAGCGGUCAACCGCUAUACUGCCGGAAUCCACAGCGGCCUGAUGGAAUACGAGCAGAAAACCACCCGUCAGAAAUAUGUCAAGAACCCACAAUAUAUACAAUUCAAGCAGAGUAUCUGGGACGCUCAGAAUCCUGACACACCAAUGCCGGCGCUGAGCGAGUUGGUGCCUAAAGAGGAUGGCGAUGAUAGCGAUGACGACGACGAUGAAAUCGAGGUCGGCGGUGUCACCCAGGACUUCAAGUGUCCUCUCAGUUUGAUGCCGCUCCAAGAUCCUUGGACAUCCUCCGUGUGCGGGCAUUCCUUCUCUGGGGAUGCUAUCAGGGACUAUUUCAGGGGUAAUCAUGGAGCGAAGAAGUGUCCUGCCGCUGGCUGCAAUCGGUCUUUCACGCUCGCACAGUGCAAAGCUGACGCUGAUCUGGCGAAGAAAGUCAAAGGUGUUCUUAGGCGCCAACAAAGGAGGGCGGAUGAUAGUGAUGCAGACGAGGUUGUCGAUUGA